ACCUCAUGCUCUAAUUAACAAAACUCAACAAGUUCACUAACAAAAAAACAUGUAUGCUUCUACUUCCUUUACUUCAAAACUCAUCAAUGAGCUUCUUGUGGAAUCUCACACAAGAAGGUUGCUCUUCCAAGACACAAUUGAACAUCGAUCACUCAAAAUCGACUCCCGUGUUUUCACAAACAACGACAAUUCAACCGACUCAAAUUUCGGUGCUCGUGAAUUUGAUUCAGAUGUUGUGAAGAUUAUUGCAGUCUUACUAUGUUGUUUUAUUUGCUUGCUUGCAUUAAACUCCAUCAUAAGGUGUGUCUUAAGGUUUUCAAGUGUAGCUAUCAACAAUGAAUCUUUUUCGAGUUCGAGUAGCAACCCUUUACCUCAAUUGGUCAACAAAGGAAUCAAGAAGAAAGUUCUCAAGAGAUUCCCAACAAUGAGAUAUUCAACUGAGUUGAAACUGCCAAGUUUGGAUACAGAGUGUAUGAUAUGUCUCUCAGAGUUCGCAAAGGGUGAAAAGGUGCGCAUUUUACCUAAAUGCAACCAUGGUUUUCAUGUUCGUUGCAUUGAUAGAUGGCUAAAGGAACACUCGUCAUGUCCCAAGUGUAGACAGUGCCUUCUUGAAACUUGUCGAAAGAUUGGUGGAUCGCAGGUGCAACCAAUUGUGUUGCCGGUUCAAGAAACCAUUAUAAGGAUCCAACCACUAGAGCCUGAAGCUUUGGAACAUAACUAUAGGGAACAAAUAUAAAUGUAAAUAUACAUUAGUUAAAGUUGAGUUCAUUUUUUUCCGAUAAGAUUAUGGUGUAAUUAUUUGAAGUUUUGAACCGAGAAUACAUAUAUUUUCUGAUGAA